UCUUGUAUUAUAACUUAUAAGUCAAUAUACCUUCCCAAAAAAAAAAAAAAAAAAAAACAACUUAUAAGUCAAUAUUAAUUACAAUUAAUUGAGUUUAGCACAACAUAAAAAAUACAAUAUCUUCUUGUAAUUUUUAAGCGAAGACUAAAGCUGCUACAGAUAGAUAAUAGUGCCUAUAAAUUAAGCGUUGAGAAAAUAAGAGGAGCAUUUAGAAACAAACUAUCAAAUCUCUUUCCUUCCCCCUAAUGGAGCUUCAGCUACCCUCACUUCCUCUAUUCUUUACCUUCCUCCUUUUCUUGUCCCUGCUUGUAAAGCAUUGGAAGCAAUCCAAAGCUAAAAGUCCAACCCAAAAAUUGCCUCCAGGGCCAAGGAAACUUCCUGUCAUCGGUAACUUGCACCAGUUAAUUGGCUCACUGCCUCAUCACUCCUUGAGAGAUUUGGCAAACAAAUAUGGACCCAUCAUGCACCUACAACUUGGUGAGGUUUCUGCUCUUGUCAUUUCAUCGCCAGAAGCAGCCAAAGAGGUGAUGAAGACCCAUGACCUCACCUUCGCAACCAGGCCAGAUGUUCUCGCUUGCAAGAUUAUGUCAUAUGACAAUCAAAAUAUUGUUUUUGCUCCCUAUGGCCAGUACUGGAGACAAAUUCGAAAAAUUUGCAUAUUGGAGCUCUUAAGUGCAAAGCGUGUUCAGUCAUUUAGAUCACUAAGAGAAGAGGAAGUACACAAUCUUAUUGAUUCCAUUUCCUCGUCGCCAGGAAUUCCCAUCAAUCUUAGUCAGAAGAUCUCCUCAAUGACCAAUGACAUAAUUGCAAGGGCGGCCAUCGGUAAGAAGUGCAAAGACCAGGAUGAAUUCAUAUCGGUGGUCGAGGAAGUUAUAAAGUUGUCCUCGGGGUUUGAUGUGCAUGAUAUAUUCCCAUCGCUCAAGUUCCUUCAUUUGAUUUGUGGAGGGAAGCCUAAUCUGGAGAAACUUCACCAAAGGCUUGACAAGAUUUUUGAUGAUAUCAUCAAUGAGCACAAACUGAGAAGGAAAACCACAACCAUCAAUGGUGAGGAAGACCUAGUCGACGUGCUUCUGAAUCUUCAGGAGAGAGGUGACCUUGAAUUUCCUAUCACAACAGACAACAUCAAAGCUGUCAUUCUGGACAUGAUCGCCGCAGGUACUGAGACUUCAUCAACAGCCACAAUAUGGACACUGUCAGAAAUGAUGAGAAAUCCAGGAAUAAUGGAGAAGGCACAAGCUGAAGUGAGACAAGUUCUUAAAGGAAAGAGCAAAAUUGAGGAGAUGGACAUUUGGGAACUACAUUACUUGAAAUUGGUUAUCAAAGAAACUCUAAGAUUGCACCCGCCUGCUCCCUUGUUAGUCCCUAGAGAAGCAAGGGAAAGAUGUGAAAUUAAUGGUUAUGACGUACCCAUUAAAACCAAAGUCAUUGUUAAUGCGUGGGCAAUAGGGAGAGAUCCAAAAAGUUGGACAAAUGCCAAGUGCUUUGAACCGGAGAGGUUUCGUGGUUCUUCUAUUGAUUUCAAAGGGACAAACUUUGAAUAUAUCCCAUUUGGGGCUGGGAGAAGGAUAUGUCCAGGCAUAUCAUUUGGAAUUGCAAAUAUUGAACUUCCACUUGCUCAACUUCUAUACCACUUUGAUUGGAAACUCCCAAAUGGAAUCAAACCAGAAGAAUUUGACAUGAAGGAAACCUUUGGAGCAACUGCUCGGAGAAUAAAUGACUUGCACUUAGUUGGCACCCCUUAUAUUCCGUCAAUUCAGGAGAACCGUGAAAUGGCUGGGACAAAUAGUUAAAUUA